AUGAUCUACUUCUAUACGCUGAUGAUCUACUUCUAUACACUGAUGAUCUACUUCUAUAUGCUGAUGAUCUACUUCUAUAAACUGAUGAUCUACUUCUAUACGCUGAUGAUCUACUUCUAUACACUGAUGAUCUACUUCUAUAUGCUGAUGAUCUACUUCUAUACACUGAUGAUCUACUUCUAUACACUGAUGAUCUACUUCUAUACACUGAAGAUCUACUUCUAUACGCUGAUGAUCUACUUCUAUACACUGAUGAUCUACUUCUAUACGCUGAUGAUCUACUUCUAUAAACUGAUGAUCUACUUCUAUACGCUGAUGAUCUACUUCUAUACACUGAUGAUCUACUUCUAUAUGCUGAUGAUCUACUUCUAUACACUGAUGAUCUACUUCUAUACACUGAUGAUCUACUUCUAUACACUGAAGAUCUACUUCUAUACGCUGAUGAUCUACUUCUAUACACUGAUGAUCUACUUCUAUACGCUGAUGAUCUACUUCUAUACUUCUAUCUGA